CGCAUUCCGUCCCGCGCCAUUUCCAAAUGUCGGAAGAGGUGAUGAAUAAACACUGCAAAAAAAAAAACUUCAAGCUUUUCGUCUGAUUAGCAGCCAAGAAUAACAGGAUGGUACAAGAGUUUCAUGUACUGAGGUGUUUUUCUUGUCAGACAUUUCAAGUCCAACAGGUCAAAAAGAGCAAAAAAUGGAGCUGCAAGAUGUGUGGGGAAAAACAGUCUCUGAUAAAGGAAUAUGGCAGAGGAACAGGUGCGGACUGCAGACGCCACGUACAGAAGUUGAAUUCUUUGCGUGGAGAGCUGCUAGAGAUAGAAAAUGAAAAGGCCUGGACUCAGUGGGAGAAGCAGGAGUGUGAAGUUGAAGUCAGCCCUGGAGAUGAGAGUCAAAGUUGGGAGCAAAAGGGGGACACACAGAUUGUAAGCCGCUGGAAUAAAUACAUGGACCAGAAAGAGAGUGGACCAGAAUGUGAGGAAAAGAACAUUUACACAGGCACUGAGAAGUGCAGUCAGCAUCAUAACAUCAGCAGAAAAAGGAAGAAAAGCUUUACUCCAGGGGCCUCUUGUAAACGCUACACUGUUGGUGGAGAUGAGGACAUAGACACUGCUCAUUGCGGGGUUGUGAGAUUGCCAUCUCAGCCUCAUCAGCAUGAUGGCACUUUCAAAUCAUUGCCUCAUGUAUCACACACUUCAACAGGAUUCCCAUGUGCCCAUACAAGCCAGAGAAAUGAUGCCCUUUGUCAUUCUCCAGCUGCAUAUAAUGGUAUAUGUUCCCAGUCCACUGAAGCAAAAAAGCAAUCUUUUGCUGACUUAAGCACCAAGCCUCACCCCUUGGUUCCCUUAAGCAGUUUCUUUGCACCAUCAGUUUCUCAUGGGCAGCCUACUGCAACUAAACCAGAAGCCAGAGACUCCAAGUGGGCUCAGUUUCUUCCAUCUGUCUGUGCUGAAGCAGAGGAGGGAGAUGGUGAAGGUGCGCAGUAUACAGGUGCGGAGCACUCGGCAUUGGCGCAGAGCCUAGUGAUGCCUGUAGCCACAGUUCUAUUUAAAAACAUAGCAGGGACUGAAGGACUUGGAUUGGAUAAGGUGUUUGGUGUAGAAAAGGGGACCAUUUCUCAAAACCUGAGUCACUGUGUAACUGGAAAUAUGUGCAAACAGCCUAACAGCCCCACCCUCACAUCAAGGCCUGCUGGCUCUCAGAAGCCUGUGUGUGUUCAGCCAGUACCUCUUAAGAGACCAUGUCCUGCCCUUUCCUUUAGUACAUUAUUCCAUACAGAUGAGGAUUUUGAUGAUGCAUAUUAAUCUGCCACUAUGGCACAGUAGUGUCCUUAAAAAAAAAAAAAAAGGACAAAUUGUGAUUGUGACCAGCUACCUAAUUGUUUUAACAGUUAUGAUAAUUUGAAAUUAAAGUUUAUAAUCCAGACAUCUUGAGCUUUGCAGGUAAUUUAUUUGACAGACAAGUUUGAAAAAGUAUAGAAUAACAAUUGUUUUCCAUUCUGAUUAACAAAUAUACUCUGAUUUUCUUUCCAGAAAGAAACAUUGAUUACUAGAUUGUAAGUAGGGAAUAAUUCAUAACAGUUUGUCUGGAAAAGAAAGGUUUGUGCUAUCGGUGAAGUGAUUGAGCCAAUAAAAGAGUGUGACUGCA